UUUCAUUUGCAAUUGUUCUCACAUUCAACGACGAAACGAAUCAUGGCUAUUAAACGAUACCGAAGUACUGGGCGCUCAUUAUCGACACGACGAGUUCCAGGAUAUAAGAGGAGGUCUCGCGUGGGCGCGAGACAAGAGGGUGGCCUGCCAGGGAAAGGGAAAGGAACUGGCGACGAAGGUCCUGCGCUACCUGAAGCGAAGGGGAAAGGGAAGGGGACAGGUGAUGCUUCUCCACCGGGUCAGGAUCCGGGGUUAGGUGCAGAUGCUCCUCCACAGGCACAGCCUGGAGCGGAUGGGAAUGCUUCUCCCGCACCUGAUGGAAAUGGUCCCCCUCAAGGCGUGGGCAAAGGCAAAGGACAGGGGAAGAGUGGCGCUUCACCGCCGGGCCAAGGUCCUCCAGAUGCGAAUGCUCCUCCGCCAGGCCAAGGACCUCCAGAUUCGAAUACUCCUCCACCAAAUCAAGGUUCCCCAGAUCCAAAUAGUCCUCAACUACCUCAGCCCGCCCAACAACCUGGGAAUCCCCCCGAGGUCGCGGCCAAAGGGAAGGGAGGAAAAGGGCAAGGAAAGAAUGACAGUCCACCAUCGCCACCAACACAAGAUCAAGCUCCAGCUCCAGCAGCCCCGUCUGAUGCUCCUCCCCAGCAACAACAACAACCUGAUCCCGCACAGAGCGGUGCUCCUGAUGCAAAAGGAAAGGGGAAAGGGAAAGGGAAGAACGACGCUCCUUCACCACCACCACAACAACAGGACCCCGCUCCCCCUGCCAAUACGAAUACACCACCGCAGCAACAGCCAAGUGGUGCUCCAGAUCCCAUAGGGAAAGGAAAGGGGAAGGGAAAGGGAGGCGCUCCUCCGCUAGAUCCAGCUCAAUCCAGUGCUCCUCCGCCACCGCCUGGACCCCCUCAGCCUUCUCAAGGUCCCCCGCAGCCGCCGCCGCCGCCACCUCCAUCUGCUGGUAUCCCUCCCCCUCCGGCUGCUGAUACACAGUCACCGCCGCCACCGCCACCUGCUCCCUCCACUAGCUCAUCUACAAGUAGUACAUCUACAACGAGUUCAUCCACAACUACCUCAGCGUCGUCUUCAACUGAGUUCUCCGUAUUUUCAUCAACUCCCGAAUCAACACAGACUGCGUUCAUUACAGUCACAUCUCUGAGAGGAAAAGGCGAAGGGCCAACUUUCACGACGACACGCGCUAUUGGCUCAAUCACUAUUCAAGAUGACCCAAUCACUGUCACUAUGGGCUCUACAGCAACAGAGUACUCAUUCACACCCGGCGUCAACCCAGCAAAUCCUACCAACACAGCAGGGGGAGUGAUAGGUGUCAAAGCGACUGAACGCGGGUUUUCAAACACCGCUAAGAUUUUACUCAUCACACUUGGAACCGUCGGUAUCAUAUCUCUCUUGAUUUCACUUGGCAUCAUCUUCAUGCGAAGAAUGAAAAGAAGGGGCACCGAAAGCUUACUCAGAACGGUUGUCACUGCCCCACCUGACAGAUUUGUCCCACUGAGAGAAGAUGAGAAACCGCAGACAAUGACUCUCAUAUCAAGCCUACCACCGCAGACCCCCUUCCGUGUGUUCCAAGGAAAAUAUCAACCUGCCCAGAAACAACACGAACAGCACGACGUUGGUGGAGAGCCACCAGAGAAAGAUCCGAGUUUCGGUGUGCAAGGCCAAACUGAGGAUGCACGACCAAGAGGAGAGCGGUCAUUUAGUGCUGGGAUGGAGUCAUUCUUUGCCAAAGCGAGGAGAUCUUCCUACAACUACAAAGUCAGCCCUUAG